AUGUAUUUUCCAUCCGCUCCCGCAUUCGUACUUCCGCUCUUGGUCUCACACGUAGUCGGCCAGAGUCAAUGUCCGUCCGUCUGGGGCACAGUUGCGGCCGACCUGAACGCGAUAUUUGCUGGCGACGAUGGCUGCACUGACGACGCCCGAGCCGCCAUUCGUUUGCCUUUUCACGACUGCUUCCCUGGAGCAUGUGAUGGAUCCAUCAUUCUUAGCGACGAGUGCACUGCUCGCGGAGAGAAUUCACAGCUAGUCGACAUAUGCAGCACUCUCGGUGCUAAGGCUACUGAAUACAAUGUUAGCACGCCCGACAUGAUACAAGUAGCAGGAGCUGUUGCAAUCGCUGCUUGCCCUCCCAGCCCGAGCCUCCAAGUCAAGGUCGGUCGAACCGAUGUCGCAACAGCCAACCCCACUGGACAGAUUCCAUCCCCGAGCAGCAACGCGACUGUGAUCAUUGCGCAAUUCGCGGCCAAGGGCUUCGAAAGCAGCGAGCUUGUCGCGCUCGUCGGAUCCCACAGCGCCGGCAAAAACCUCAGUGGAACCGAGUUCGACACCACGCCCGGCAGCCUAGACAGCACCACCUUCUACACUGAGGUUCUCGACGACGACCAGCCUGCAACUUUAUUCAGUGAUCAGUCGCUUGCCACCGACGAGGCGACGAGUGCCGACUGGCAAGAAUAUGCGGGCAGUCAAGAUGCUUGGAACACUGAUUUUGCGGCCGCUAUGGAGAAGAUGGCUCUUUUGGGAGUAGAUGAGGCUACACUGAUAGACUGCACGGAUACGGUGUUUGGGGCCAUCUCCGCAUAA